UUGCAAUAACAACCCCGUCCCCAGUUCUAGGUGUGUGUGUCCUUUGCUCGGAGCAUGCACCUAAUCUGCUUCUAAUUUCAAACUGCGUGAACAUUGGUUACCGAGUCAAGAGGAUCUAAAUCGAACUUUUCGUUAAUCAUUGCAAAUAAUAAAAUAGUAAAUCCAUUUUUUGCGAUUUUUUUUUCACUCGAUAUUCAAGUUUAAGGAGGAUAUAUGCCUAGGCAGCCAUGGUGGCGAUGACGAAGUGUGUAAAAACGUUGGAUGUCCUUUUCAACGAUCCGAGCAAAACUUUUUACUGCAGCGGAGACAAAGUAGCAGGGAGGAUAAUCGUGGAGGUGAGCCAGGCGACCCGGGUCUCGUCCAUGCGGGUCUGCGGGGUGGGCUGCGCUAAGGUGCAGUACUCCAAGGGCAAGCAGCGUUGCAGACAGGAGACCGAGUACCUCAAGUACGAGCAGGUGGUCUUGCUGGACGACCAGCCGAUCGAUGCUGACGGAUCGGUAAUAUUGAGGCCGGGCAAUAAAUAUGAAUACAGAUUUGGAUUUGAGCUCCCCCAGGAAGGGCAGCUGGUGUCCUCCUACAAGGGAAAGUUUGGCUGUGUCCAGUACUAUGUUAAAGCCUCCAUGGAGAGGACAGGCCUGCCUGUACUCGAGUGCAAGAAGACUUUUGAGGUGGAGGAACCCCUCGAUGUCUGCACCCCAGAUCUGUUGUCUCCAACAGGCGGUACAAAGGAGAAGAAGGUGACCUGCCUGUUCAUUCCCGACGGCCAGGUAUCACUCACUGCCAAAAUUGACAGGAGAGGCUUCUGCGAAGGAGAGGACAUCUGCAUCAAUGCCAAGUUUGAGAAUACCUGCUCCCGUAUUGUGGUUCCCAAAGCAGCCAUUUAUGCCAAACACAUCUACCAGGCCGACGGUCGCACCAAAGUCUUCCUCAAGAAGCUUUCCUCAGUUCGAGGGAACCACGUUAUUUCAGGCAUGUGUGACGCCUGGCAAGGGAAGUCCAUCCGAGUCCCCAAGCUCAAGCCAUCCAUCCUGGGCUGUGAUAUCAUCCGUGUGGAGUAUGCCCUGAUGAUCUCGGUCCACAUCCCAGGCAGUGAGAAGCUGAUCCUGGAGCUUCCCUUGGUGAUUGGAACAUCUGGCCUAGGCAGUCGCACCAACAGCAUGAGCAGUCAGGACGGCUCCGUGAGCAACGCCUCUAUGAGCUGGGUGUCCUUGAGGAUGCCAUCAGUGCCACCCACUUAUUGUGACCUUGAUACCCCUCUCACACCAUUGCUGGAUGACUUUGACGAGGAUGACAGCCCAGUGUUUAUCACUGUACCAGCAUUCCAGUUCCAACCACCACCAGUAUACACUGAAGUCGAAGAAGGGUACAAUGGCAACACACAAAUGCUUCAAGUCUGCUGAACCCCAAGAACAGAGCCAUUACAAGCCACCUUUUUUUUUCGAAUAAGGCAGGUAAACUGGACAUGUGACAAGUAAACAAUGGAUUUGAUGGUGUUUCUGAGCAUCGACAUGCGUUGGAUGUUCUGGUGGUUGAACUAUUGAAAACAUGCAAUCACCAUAAUAGAUUAUAAGAAUGAUGAUGAUCCAACAUGAACAGCUAAAAGAACAGUUGGUUUAAGUUUUUUUUUUGCUUUUCAAAUGGUCGUUCAACAAAACCGUCAUUUUUACGUUCAGAAUAAGAACGCUAAAUUGUUGAGUUUUAUAAAUGAUUUAUUUCUGUUUAUCUUCUUGCUAUGAUCCGACAUUGUCAGGAGACUCAUGGUUGCUGUUUAUUUCUAAGUGAAGUUUUUUUUAUAUGCUGUAGCACUUUUUGAUAAAUGUAUUUUGCUCUACUACUGCCGACCAGAAGGCACAGGUUUUGUGGGAUUCUAUUCAGGACCAAUAAUACAUCACCUGAUAUGCCCCCACAGUUACUGCUCAUACUAUUGCUUUAUUAUGCUCUUAUCAGGCAAUGCACUUUCAAUGAAAACGUUUUGUGUAAAUCUAUUUUGUCCAAGAAACAUUUCUUAGGGGGUUUGAUCCGAUAUUUUUGUUCAAUGUAACCCCGGGAUUGAGAUACAAUAUAUAUAGCUACAUGGUGAUUUGGACAUAUCCUAUUUUGUAUAAAACCCCAUGGGUAUGUUUUUUAAUAAAUAAAAUAAAUAAAA